AUGAUAAUUUUAUUGCGUCAUCUAACAUAUUGUGAAUUAUUCUCUGAAGAUAUCAGUCCAGUGGCUAUCGAGCGUCAGGCCCAGAUACGUCAUGUUGGUUCCGACCCCGAUCUCAGUCCCCUCCAACCUCAGGCGAUAGCCCGCUGGAGGCGUCCCGUGAUCGGCUCUGCGACAGAACCACAUUGCCUCGAAUUUCUCAGGGGACACCUCAGCCCCAAUCCCUUGAUCACACGACGACCACGCAGGCCACCGCCAGCUCCGCCAGACGGAUGGUCUUGCCCCACGCCGUACCCCAAACCAGCACCAACAUAUCGUUGGCGUAGCACGCCAGUGCCGAAUCCGGAGGCAUCGGCGCCCGAAGCACCGCGUCGUACGCGAUGUUCCACAGCAACGGACCCAACACAGGACCCUGCGGGACCCCGCGGUACACCGCCCUCUCAGUCAUCCCCCCGCCUCGGACAGUGUAGACGAUGCUCCGGUCCCGGAGGAACGCCUGGACCACACCCCGCAGGUACGCGGGUACCCAAUGAAACUCGAGGGCCCGGCAUAUCCUGUCCCAGGGGAUGCUGUUGA